GGAGAGUGCCCCAACUGGCCAACUGCUUGACGAACAAUCCUCUCCGUUCUCGCAGUGGCGGGUUUCGGCGACAGCGCCGCCUCCGAUGCUCGGCUCGAGCGCCGCGUACAGUGGAGGGAGCGGAGCUCGAAGGGCGAAGGCGCAGGGGGGCUCGCGAGUCGCUAUCCAGCCCACGCCGUCACGCACUCACGCAGCUGCACCUUGCAUCCCAGGAAGACCUUGUUUGCUUCGUCCAAGAUCUUAUCACCGUGCUUGAUCAGUUUGUUUGAGUACCAUGUGAGGAAGAACUUCCCCUUGUCGGUCUGGUAUGUUCCGUUAUCCGCGAAGAACUGGGUCUUCUCAGGAGUGUCAUUGUACGUCCCAGCAUCAUCAGGCAAAUCCCACUCAGGAUGCCCAGCCUCUUCUGCUGCUGCUUUGAAGUCUGCUUGCAGGUACACCAAGAGGGCAGGAGUUUCAAGUCAGCUGACCUGAAUGGCAGUUCUCCCAUGGAAGAGAGGCUGGUCGUCCACUCCAAGCGUGAGAUACUCGAUGUUCGUCAGCCCACUCCGGUUGGUGUAGAAGAUGUCGGGGUUGCUUUUGCCGACGUCCCGCACCCACUGCGGGAUCGGGAUGUUGACGACGUCGCCGACGUUGCCGCCGCACUGGUGGCACGACAUGAUGGCCUGCAGCUUCAGCCCGGCCUCCUGCACCAGCUUGAACACCUGCCUGUAGGCGCUCCAGUCGUAGACUCCCGGCUCCUUCCCUUCCACCAGCCCCCACCAGACGUCGAUCAUGACCCCGUCGGCGCCCGCCUCCGUCAGCUUCUUCAGCUGCGCCCUCGUCUCGUCCUCCUUCUCGAACGUGUUGUCGACAGUGAUGACAUCCAGCUGCAUGUUCGCAAGCCAAGCAGAGUUGACAAAAAAAGGGGGGGGGGGGGGGGGGGGUGUAAAUCAUUCAGCUUCAUCUUUCCUUUUUUGGAAUGGCACGAUUCGUUUAGGUCGAUCUCUCCUUUUUUUUGUUCGUUAUACAAACUGGUAGCAGUAUGCUAAUAAUGCUGCAGCCGCACAUGAUUCUUAAGCAGCUUACCGGGAGCAUGACGUAGACCUGGACAUAGUUGGCUAGCGCGUUCCCCGCCAUUGUAGCUGGCUGGCUACGCUCUGAGAGACCUCACUGGCUUGCUCUGCUUGGUGGUCGCUGAGCUUGGGCCUUGAUGGAUGUUGCAGGGAGCUUGAGGGUCUAUUUAUACAGCGGAGGCAGGGGAGAUCUGGAAUGCGACUUUGCAGCGCUUCUCCAGCGAUGCAAAAACCUAUCUUUCCGUAUAGUCGCCCAGGAAUGCGCAUGUGCAGGGUGAGCUGAUGAUUUUGGAUAUCGAUACCAUCCCGAGCUGGCAUAUGUAGCACAGCAGGUUGUUGCCAUUGUGAUUCGCGGGGACUGCGUCCUGAAGAACUUUGGUUUUGACGCCUUGUAUUUGUACGGCAAUGAUUGGGAUGAACAUGGCCGGUGAGAAUUUUUUAUUUUACAUUUUCUGUCCUCGUUUGCCACGUGAGUGUUGUCUGAUUCUGAUGUAAAACAGCAACGAGUAAAAAAAAAGUAUAAGUGGAACCUGUAAUGUGGGAUUGUAACAAAUAUAUAUAUUGCAUGGCUUAUUAUAACAGCACACGGGCUGCGGUACCAUGUGUGUGGCAUGUUUUAUAC